AUGGACGAAAUGCCCGCAACUGAGCCUUACGAGCCGUACCAGCACGCGGUCCCAUCACAUUCAGACGCGACCUCCGCUACGAACUCGAUUCCACCCAAGCUCGCGCAGGUUCUACCCAGACUUCGCACUCCAGGUAUUACACCCACGUGGAUCACAGACUCUCUCGUCCCUAUGAUUAAGCUCGCGUAUGGCUCUAACCUCACGCAAACCGAGUUCGAUGACGGGACAUGGUCCGAAGUCAUCGAAAAAACAGACUUACUAAUCCAAGCAAUGGAUCGAGCAAACGUUGAUGAUUCCUUUAUACAAACCUACUAUGAGGCAUUGAGAACGAGAAACAGAGAUUUCAAUGAAGACAUGAUAACAAUAGAAGGAGCUAGCAAAGAUAGUAAUGGCGAAUUCUGCGAGAUCCUGGCGGACAAAGGAGGAGAUUUCGCGAUUGCUAUGCUUAUGGUAUUGAGGACUAUGGAGAAUGUGGCGGAUGGCGAUGGGAGUAACAAGACAGAGUCGAGUGAAGAAACAGGUGGGGAAGAGGGGAAGAGUAAAACGGAAGGGACCAGUGGUACGAAAGAUGAUACUGCACAUAAUAGCGGGGAUGCUACUGAAGUCAUGGGAGAAAGUACUAAUAGCAGCAAGAGGGGAAGAAAGAAGAGAAAAGUGGCGAAAGGACUGGGUGGUUCAAGAGAUGUACUGAGUUAG